AUAAAGAAUUUUAAUUUCAUCCCACAAAAGAAUUUAUUUUACAAAAAAAUGUAUUAAAAAAAAAAUAGAAAAAAUAUAUUAUUCACCCAUCUCGCGUGACUCUUAUUAUUAUAAAUUCUUUAUUUACAGAAUUCACUCUUCAUCUAUUUGAUUGCAACCUUCCUUCUCAAGCAGCACACUUAUGAAAUAUAAAACAUAUUUGGCAGGAAAAAUAAUGCAACUGGCCGAGUGAAAAUAAAAUGCGUGAGACUAUAAAUAUGACUUCAUAAGAAACGUAUAUACAAGCAAGAAACGUACACAGCGAGAAGAUGGCUCGAUUGUAUGCUCAUAAUCCCACGGCCAAUUGUUUCCAAUAUCCAAGGACUUGUGUCCGCGUGACACUGAACCUUCCAUUAGAAUCCGAGCAGAGGCCCAGGCAAAGUGUAGAGCUCAAUCUGAGAGACAAAAUUGAUGAAAAGUCUCUUUUAGGCCUCUAUGCCAUGAAUGGUGGAGAAGGACCUAAUAGCUAUGCCCACAACUCAUCUUACCAGAGAGGAGUAAUAGACGCUGCAAAACCAAUCAUCGAACAAGAAAUAAACGCAAAACUCGACACCAAACGACUCUCCUCAACCCAAACGACACCCUUUCGAAUCGCGGACUUCGGAUGCUCGACUGGACACAACUCGUUCCCCGCCAUCCAAAUCAUCACACAAGCCAUCGAGAACAAAUUCCAAAUGGAGGGCCCCACAUCACAAACCCCAGAUUUCCAAGUGUUCUUCAACGAUCAGGUCAUGAACGAUUUCAACACCCUUUUCCACUCACUCCCGCCCGGGAAAAAAUACCACGCAGCGGGUGUACCCGGGCCCUUUCACGGCCGACUCUUUCCAGAGGCCAGCCUCGAUUUUGGUUACUCGUCCUGCGCCCUUAACUGGCUUUCGGGAGUGCCUAAGGCUGUGGAGGACCGUAAGUCCCCAGCUUGGAAUAAGGGGAGAGUUCAUUAUACGGGAGCACGAAAGGAAGUUUUCAAAGCCUAUUCAAAUCAUUAUGCAAAUGAUAUUGAGUCGUUCUUAAGAGCUAGGGCAGAGGAACUUGUGGGUGGAGGGCUUAUGGCCUUACUCGUGCCUGCAGUUCCCACCUUUGAGAUCUCAGGGAAUUCCUACACGACCCCGACUGAAAUGGAUCUAAUAGGUUCGUGCCUAGUGGACAUGGCAGAGAAGGGAAUAGUCAGCGAGGAAAAGGUAGAUACCUUCAACUUUCCAUUGUAUUUUACUGUUCCACAAGAACUGAAGGCAAUAAUAGAGAGGAACCAAAGCUUCAACAUUGUAAGGAUGGAAAUACUUAACAAUCCAGGGAAACGCACCUUGCCCAGUGCCAAUGCACGUGCAACAUACCUCAGGGCCGUCUUUGAAGGAUUGCUGAUGAAUCACUUUGGAACCCAACUCAUGGAUGAAUUGUUCGAGCGGUACACGAAGAAGCUAGCGGCAUCACCAUUGUUCCUAAACCCUGACAAUGAGAAAUCAAUAAUAAUAUUUGUCCUCCUCAAGCGCAAAGAGGAAUGAUACAGAAACAUAGCAUCCCCUCCACUUCAAGUGCAAAGAAGAAAUCCAUAUUAUAAAACCAAAUUAUGUAACAACAGCCUGCUGUAUAAUGUUAUAUAUAUGUAGCUUGAUACAUAUAUUAUCAAUAUAAUUAAAUAA